GUCAAAAGAACAAUAAAAACAUUGGCAGAGCUACAUAAUUUAUUAUUUUCUUGAUGUUUAUCUAGUUUAUUAUUAUAAGAAGGCUAUUUUUAGAGCAAAUAAUACCCUUCCAUUAUGUCAAUUCAACAAUAGCCUAGCAGAAUAAUAACAGAUUGACGAUUUGGUGCUACAUAAAGUAUCAAUACAUAAUGUUCAACCCAGAUAUUAACGAUUACCAAUUGACUUCAAUUAUAACAGAGUGCUGUGGUGGAGUUGCUGUAGUUUAUUCAGCUUUAUAUAAACCCACAAAUCAAAAUGUCGCUCUAAAAAGAUAUUUUGUUGAUAAAACCAAGGAGAAAGCUGCUUUGAUUCAGCAAGACAUAAUGACAAGAAAAGAGUUGCAACAUCAGAACAUAUUACCAUACCUUACCUCGUUUGUGAAUGGUCGUGAACUGUAUGUGGUCUCUCCUUUGAUGACAUUUGGAUCUUGCCGAGAUAUCCUUGACCGUUACUUCCAUGAAGGUUUGCCCGAACUAGCCUGUGCCAUUAUAUUGAGAGAUAUCUUAUUGGCCCUUCAGUAUUUACAUAAGCAACUGUUUAUUCAUAGAAGUGUUCGUGCUAGUCACGUGUUAGUGGGCGCUGACGGGUUGUCCCGCCUGUCCGGUCUGCGCAGCGCCGCGAGCCUGGCGGUGCGCGGGCGGCGCGCGCGGCUGCACCGCCUGCCGCCGCCAGACCACGACAACGCCAACCUCAUGUGGCUCAGCCCCGAACUACUCGAGCAGAACCUGCGCGGCUACGACGAGCGCUCGGACAUAUACUCGCUGGGCGUGGUGUGCUGCGAGCUGGGCAACGGCGCGGUGCCGUUCGCGGAGGUGGCCACCACGCUCAUGCUCACCGAGAAGGUGCGCGGCAGCACGCCGCAGCUGCUCGACUGCUCCACCUUCCCCACCUUCCCCGAGCCCUGCCUGCCGCUCCACGACGCGGAGAUGAAGAGUAUGUACAAUACCGACAGCGGCGUAGGCGACAGCGCGGACGGUGUGUCGCGUCUGCGGCACGUGUACGCGACCAGGAAACUGAGCGACUCCUUCCACCACCUCAGCGAGGUGGCGCUGCACAGAGAUCCAGAGAAGAGGCCGACAGCGACUCAGCUCCUGAACCAUGCGUUCUUCAAGCAGAUACGUAAGACUGACUACCUGCCCGGACUCAUAGGACGAGUCAAACCGAUCAAACCUGACCCCAAUGACAUGUCAGCACUUCUCCUGCAACAGAAAAUGUCAGAUAUGGAAAUUAAAAAGACGACAGAAUGGGAUUUCUAAUUGACAUACAGUGUAUGUAUGUGGUCGAGGUAACCGUCGAUGUUUUAAUCUGAUGUACAAUUACAUUGCGAGUAUGUCCAAAUAUACUCUACCAACAACAUUAUAUAGUGCUAAUUCACCGCAUAAGAUUCGUGACGCCUUAUAAUUAAUAAAAUAUAGCCUGCAUUACUCGCUAAUAAUGUAUAUAUAAGCUGUAAAAACUAAAUAACAAACAAUGGAAUUAAUAGGGUACCUAUUCUAUUCUGUUUGAAAUAAUAGAUACGUGUAUAUGUUUA